UACUCCGAUGCCGCAUCCUUCGAGGCCUACAUCCUGAACCAGUUCGACAGCAAUCCGGCGGGUCAAGCCGCCUUCCGCAACCAGUAUGGGUGCCCAACUUACGCGGGAGCGGGGCGACGAUACCAUAUUUCGGUGCUGUGUGGAUCAAUCAUCGCAUCCGCCACGAGCGGUGCGAAUUCUUGCAACCCGGGCACCGCCCCGCCAAUUCCGUUGUGUAAGGCGACGGCCGAUGCUGCCAUUGCUUCUCUUAACAAGAUUUUUGCGGAUAACAGUGUGUGUCCUGCUGGCCAGGCUAGGACCCUUGACGCAGCGACGCAGGCGUAUGCCAGCAGGUUUGUCAUCUUUGACUCUCUCCCUCAUCUUACUUCCUCGGUGAACUGCAUCCCCGCCCUGGACGACGAAUGGGCAAUGUGUGGUUUUGCCGCCGAAGCGGACGCGAGCAAAUACUGCAGUGACGCCAGCACAAAAGCCGACGCAUGCUGCACCGCCCACCAAGCUAAGCUCGCCGGGCAGCCCAUCAGCGUCCCCAACGGCGUGACCGUCGUCGACCCCAUCACUACCGCAGGGGCCCCAACCACCGACGCCCCAUCAUCCGGCUCGUCCAAACCUGCCGCACCGACUGGCUUCUCGGCUACUCAGUCCAACUUCUCAAAUCACUCCACCCCAACAUUGACGCGGGGGCUAAGUUCAAGACAAAACACCGCAUCCUCGAAGACUAACUUGCUGCAGAGGAACGCCUCCGAGCGCAGUUUGCCGAUGAGACAAAACACGUUCAAUGGGGAACAAGGUACCCUGGGAGCGGCGGCUAUGAUGGGGGUCGCCGCCCCGCGGGAGGAUGUGGGUGAGCCGAUUCAAAUUGCCGAGACGAUGGAAGUGGUCUAUAACUACGUGCCGAAUCUUGCUGAUGAGAUCUACCUCUACAUCGGCGAUCCAGUCAUCGUGAAAUGCAAAUUUGACGACGGAUGGGGCUACGGCUUCAACAUGACCACAAAACAAGAAGGCUCCUUCCCGCUCGCCUGCGUCGACACCUACGGCACCGCC